AUGAUGGACUUCAAUAUUCAAGAGCGGGGUCAACUCUUACAAAUCGAGCUCUUCACGUCACGUGCCGAGCAAGCAGAAGCCGCCAUCGAUGACGUGCGAGCUACAUGAUUGGAGCGACCUAGUCUUCCCGCACACGAGAAGGAGUACCUGACUGCAAAAUUCCAGCGAGCCGUGGUCAUGGAGAGCAAAGCGCGGGCGCAGCUGGAGAAGGCAGGAAACGACCUCCAAAGCAUCGUCGACCAAAGAGCCGCCAAAGUCCGUCAGACACUGCUACAGCCCACCAACGAGCCCAGCGGACUAGACACGGGCUGGACAUCGACCAUACAAGCAAGUGCCGGACAGAUAACGAUGUUGCGGGCCGUCAGUACGGGCAACGGACGAUCACCCCCGACAUCGACCGAAUUGAGGACCACGGACCCCGCUGUGGCAAGUAUACCGGCCAUGCCUGAAAGCCCAUCGCCUGCAAGUCCGUCUCCGACAGGACGCCGAUCGCCGCGCACCGAAAAAAAAGGAGUAGUACCGACACACAACUGGGCCGAGUACGAACUACCUUGGUCGGUCCAUUCAACACCAUCGCUGUACUGA